ACACUUCUCUCACUCGCAGUUCCACUUCGGCGAGUGUCGCCUGCAGUGGGUCUCCGUGUGAUUUGUUAGAAAGAGAGAGAGAAAAAAGAAAAAUCGCGUCCCACUGUUUCACGAAAGUUUUUUGGCUUCGCCGAGCCGGUCGAGUUUUUGGAGUCCGAGGCAGCGCUCCGUUCCGCUACGGCAAAAAAGAUGGUGCUCGCCGAUCGCAACGAUGACUCUCGCAUCGGGCGCCGAUCGCACACCUCGAGUCCGAACGGGCACCUCACCGACGAAGGAAGCGCUACCGACGAGUCGGAACAAGACCACGGCAUGCGUGUCGGCCAUGAUUUUCAAGCAGUGGUACCAGACAUCAUCUCAGCAACAGAUCCGUGCCCGGAGUUCACACCCGAGCGUGCUCUCCUGGUGUGGUCACCGUGCCCCGACAUCUCGGACAGCAAGUUGGACGAGUACAUGACGCUUGCCAAGGAGAAGUACAGCUACAAUGCCGAGCAGGCGCUGGGCAUGCUGUUCUGGCACAAGUAUGACCUCGAGAAGGCGGUGGCCGACCUGGCCAACUUCACGCCCUUCCCAGACGAGUGGACGGUCGAGGACAAGGUGCUGUUCGAGCAGGCCUUCCAGUUCCACGGGAAGAACUUCCACAAGAUACGGCAGAUGCUGCCGGACAAGACGAUCCCGAGCUUGGUAAAGUACUACUACUCGUGGAAGAAGACGCGCACGCGCACAAGCCUGAUGGACCGGCAGGCGCGCCGACUGGCCGGAUCCCGCGAGGAUGGCAGGUGGGGGAUCAUCCAUCGAUGCCGCCGCGCUGCCCCCCUUCUUCGCGCCUCCGUCAUCGUCGCUGCCCCUCCCCAACACGAUGGUGCUUCGGAUGCUGGCUCUGAAAAUGACAGUGACAUGGAGGUGGACAAUGCUGAAAACAAGGAAGAGGCGACCCCUGGUGGGCCCUGUUCCAGUUGUGGCUCCCCCAUGACCCAGGCGUACACGUCCAGCAAGGGGAGCCUGUGCGGCAGCUGCUACCAGCACUGGAAGCGCUCGGGUGGCUGCAAGGGUGCCCUGGCCCCCGGGGGUCGCAAACACCACGAACGACAGCCCCCUGCCCGGGGGGGUGGCAUGGCAGCCAACCGGAGGCGCCCGCCGCGGGGCAUGUGCCUCCAGUACCAGGACCUGGUUACCAUGGCGACGGGACCACAGGGACAGGGGGAUGCCAUCCUGCGAGCCAUGGAUUCUGAGUUGGUGGCCCUCAAGCGGCAGGUGCAGAACAACAAGCAGAUGGUCAGCCAGCUGCGCCACAAGACGGCCAUGGGCAUCGAGAACCUGCGGCCGCCAGAGGGCAACACCCGAGUAAAUGCCCGGUGGACGAAUGAUGAGCUGCUCAUUGCCGUUCAAGGCAUCCGCAAGUAUGGCCGUGACUUCAAGGCCAUUGCCGAAGUGAUCGGCAACAAGACGGAGGCGCACGUGCGCAGCUUCUUUGUCAACUACCGUCGCCGAUACAACCUUGACGCCGUGCUCCAGGAGUUUGAGGCUGAGCAUGGCAUCACUCCAGGGUCGGAUGACACCAAGCCGGCAGGUGACACAGAGCCAGCUACAGCCGCAAAGGAAGCCACUGCAGCGGGCGGGCCCAACAGUCGGCCUGGCUCUCCGUGUGGGAUGAUAAACCCUGGUGGCGGAAUGCUUGCCAACGGCAGUGGAGGCCCAGUCGGGGCCGGCAACCCUCCUCCGCUUCUGAGACCGCCGCCCGGUUCCCCAACGGCCCAGCCGCUGACAGCUGCCAAAGGACCCACCCCACUCACACAGGGCGCCCCCAGGUCUGGCAACUGGUCCAUUCUUCAGCAGCCGCCACCGCUGAUCCGACCAACCGCUGCCUCUGCGGCCACCAUCCACACCAAGCCCCCGCAGAUGCACAAUGCCCUCUGAAGCAGAUGGCAGCCGUCUGCUGCAGCCUCAGGAUCACAACUGCUGCAGUUCCUUCCAGGGGGUGAUCGCAGCGGGCAUCUUGUCAACUGGCUCAAAGACGCUGACUCAUUGUGGACGCACCACAGAUUUGCCUGUUGCGUUAUUCUCGGAUAGCAGCGCAGUUUGCAUCGCCCCUUCCCGUGUGUGUAUGUGUGUGUAGCUUGAACCUUCGUCAACAUGGACAAGUGGAACACUGUUGUGCAUCCCGCAUUCCCUCUUCUCGGAGGUGUGCGAGAUUACACUGAAAAUUACUCCCACGAUUUUCGUGACUCGGGUUACAAGAGUGUCGUGACAGCAACGUUUGCAAAUGCAAUGUGCUUCGCCCUCUGCACAGCAGUCUCUGCCGGGUGCUGGCAAGUUGGCUAAAGCAAUGAAAGGGUGUUGACCUACCCUUGCACACAUUGUCAGAGCAUAGUCUGCAACUCGGAGGAACUUGAUGUGACACAACAAGCCCUAUGUGCCGCUCUCGUGCACGUCCUGAAAGUCGCUCGCAUUUUGUCAACCUGGCGCUGUCCUCGUCGAGCAUUGGCAUUGGCUUGAUCGGUCGUCACGCUUCUUUGGCGAGUGCAGGAUAGUGUCAUCUACUUUCGACCAUCACAGUUUUCGUUCACGUGUUAGGAGUGACUCGAUUAGCGUGCUGUUCAUCCUGGCGUUGCAUUAGCUGGCAUCUGCUGCUAUAAUGUGCGAGUUUGUGGACAGAAAAGCCUCGGCGAGCUGUUUUUGUGCUUCUUUGCCUCACUAUAACAUCAAAUCACUGCAGUUUGGUUACCCAGAGCUGCAAAAGUGCGAAUGGAACAUUUGUCCAAAAGCCCUUGAAAUGGAUUCUGGCAUUGUAAUGGAUGCCUAUGCGGGUGUGUGUGGCUUCGCAUUGUGCCAGCAGUUGACGCCUUGGCGCAUGUGUUCUACUUGAUUACAACAGGAGGCAGUGGGUGGUCUUCUGAAAGUUCACAAUACCAGCCUCGUUCCUGGGAUUUAGUGUUGAGUUAUCCGAGCGGAACACGAGUGCUGUAGCUUGACUAAGCGGUAACUUUGAUGGCAAAUCUAUGAAGUCUGUGACAGGUAGUAAGCACGCCAUCCAUGCAUCAUUUGCCCACGACCUGCAAAUGGUGCCGUAUGCAGUGUGUUCAUCACUUGGCAAGCCACUGUUAUGAGCCUGCAAGCAUUGGACGUACAUGUGCUCGACUGGUUAGGCGUCGGCUGCUGACCACACAAGUCACACUGGCCCAGUGUAGUUCUGGCACUGCUAUGCUCUUUGCCAUGUCUGGAAUGUAUUGACUUUCUCUGUGCUUGUGCCUGUCCGAGGACGCAUGAAAUAUACAGCACCCUCAUUAGCCUCAGAUGAAUUGUAGCACCACUGUGCCAAGGCAUGUGUGCUGGUCGAAGCUCGUGCUACUAACUGAGCUUCUGCUCCUUCAGCGGACAUGUGCCGAGCACAUCACAGCUUCCAUCGUUCUUUUCAGGCAAAAAUUGGAAGCCCGCAGUCAUUUCUCGCUCAAAUGGGCCAAUUAGCUGUAACAUAUGUACAUACCUUGCUGCUGUCUUACUGUCUUGUAAUUCUGCAAAAAUUAAAGAGCCACAAAUAUGCUCGAAUUUCCUAUUUGUAUCUUCCACAAUAACCGUGAUACACUACUAAAUACCAUGCAAAGAAUGUUGCGUGAAAGCCAACAUUCCUAGCGGAAUUAGUGUGAAACUGACAGCACGCAUUGGGCAUAGCGGUAUGCAAAGCGUAACACUCAGUUGGGACACACCGCGACAAUAGGUUGUGGCGGCCACGCCUAAUGUGAUUUGUCGCUAGCAAGCUAGUAGUAGUGUAAUACGUGACAGCUGCUUGCUACAGAUAUGUAUGUUUCAUGGGGUCUCUUUGCUUCUUUUGUUUGCUGGUUCAAGAGCACGGAAUUCUGGACUGGCUGGUCCGCGAUGCUAGCUGAUUUUAUGCACAAGCAUGUCUCAACUCUGCCAAGAAGAGAGCAGUGCCAGUUGUUGAAUGAAGACACUUACACUCCAUGCCAAUUACAUGCAGUACAGCGAAGGCUAGGGCUCACUUCAUCCAAUCAGCAAUGAGACCUGGCUGUGUGUUCCACAGAACGGAGGGGAGCCAUUGCAUGCCACUGUUUUUUGUGUGAAGCAUCCGUUCAUUCAGUGUUGGGUGGAGGACAAUUGAGAAGCCCUGCUUCUGGUUCGCUAUUCUGAUUGGCUGAUUAUCACCUGCAGCUUUUCCUGUGCUGCACGGAAUUGAUGAGAACACACAAUGCUCAGAAAAGCCAGACUGCACACAGUGCCAGCCUUGCUCCCCUGUCCGCACUGUUUGUCCAACUAUGCGUCGCGAAUCAAGCCCAGCUUAUGGGUACUUUCUUGGUAACAGCUUCAGAGCGCAAGAACACACACUCGCAUGCGCACACUCACACACACUCACACCCAAAAAAAGGGACUCGCACAGUUCUUGCACAGGCACUGAGUGAAAAAGGGGAGGGUGUGGUGUCCUUUUUUGAGUGUUUGUGCGUGUGUGUUUUCUUGCACACUGAAACUGUUGCCAACACGUAUAGCCAACUAGCUCGGCUACAAGUUCUUCUAAACACUGCUCGGACAACGCUCCUUGGCAGCCGCAGAGAUGAGAAGUUUCUCGGUAAACAUGUGCUCAACUCCAGCGCACUUGAAUAGGCACCGAGUGAGCAUGUUUAAAAAACUGAGUUGAGUGUCAGUGAAGAGCAGUGGCUACUUAAGCCGAUAGGUGGCCCUGCGUACUUUACGAGGAUGAGGCACCUUUGCGAAUCAACCGCAAGAAAGAGCUCGAAGUGUCAAGAUGUGGAAAAAUGAAGAAAAUACAAAUGCAAAGUUUGUGUCCUCCUCAGUUGACCAGGCCACCUUAGUACUUUGAGCUCUUGGUGUUUCACUACGCACAGGCGAUGGACAGAUGCGCGAGAGGCGAGCACUGCUCUCCCAGCCAAUGAACUGCCACAUGAGAAAAAUCUAACCUAUGUUUUUCACUAUGACUCUGCCCUCUAUGAGCUCUGUGUCACUUUUUUUUUUUUUUCUUUGCACACCUGCAACAGUCUGGUCUUUCUGAGCAACUCGGUCACCGGCAUACAGUUGUAGUGCUCGGAGGCAGCUUCCAACUAGCGUGGUACAGCCACCCGCCCGCCCUUACAGCGUGCGUGCGUGCGAGUGCAGGGUUAUUGAACCUGUUGCCCUCUUGCGAGUCUUUGGCUCCUAUUUCGAAAUGAUUUCUUGUUUUCUCAUUUCUUGUUGAGAUAGAUGCAUGCCUUAAGUGUUUCCUUGUCUGAUUUUUUCCUCUGCUCUACAAAACGAGAGGAAUAUUUUUUAACUGAAUUUUGGUUAGCGGUUGUUUUCUUUCUGCCUUCAGUGUGAUAAUUGCAUCGUGGUUCUUUUCAUUCUUUCAUUAGUAAGCUUGGCUGCUAAUGUCCGCAGCAACUGUGGACUACUUUCAAGGGAGAUCAUGUGAUGUGCAUGCCUGCAACUGAGGGGCUUCUAUUUGUGUGGCCUCUUAAAAGUCCAUCUUGAAAUUUGCUUUGAAUCAACAGCAAGCCCCACAUAAGCCAUAUUUCCCAGUUAGAACUACUUCAAGCAAUUGUGCAAUGUGCAACCACUUUUCUCUGGAACUGGAUUCUCCUUUUGCGGCAGUUGUAUACGACUCCGCAUAAGUUUUUCUCGCGGCAUGGGAUGCUGCUGAUUACUGUUUCGCAGAUUCUUUGACCCACUGAUUAUGGAGAACAUGUUAUUUCUAGAAUGCACACCGAAAUACGAGUGACCGGUGCGUGACGCUUGUGCCUUUAAUGGUCACCGCUUUUUGCACUGUGCAACAGUGUAGGCUCGGGAGCUUAAAGAUUCAUCCAAGAGGCCUGUGUUGCCGUUGUGCUGGAAUUUUGCAAAGAGGGAAAGUUCGCUCACUCCCACCUGAACCUAAGUGCUGCGAGAAAAAACAAAAUUCCUCGACACAGCGUUGUUGCACCCGGAUAUGGGCAUUGAUCCUCAAGUGUGCAUAUCGCUGAAUGCACGCAUUACUCUUUAGAUUUCCCCGCUGCACAUAUGUUCCAGAACUACGGCGCAUUAGUUCCCUGAAAUUAUGUUUGUGUCUUUUCCUUCUUUGAAUUGCUGAUGCAGUGAAUCUUGUCGACAGGGCCUUCUUUUUGCUUGACGUGUGAUGGCCAAAGGCCUUGAAGCACGUGGCUAUGCUAGGCUUUCUUGGCCACGUGUAGGCACAGUUAGGCGAAUAACUACUACCUUGUCGCACAGGUGGCGUGUUGUGCACUUUGCUCCCUCCAUCCUUUUCUGACUUGUCUGCGCAGUGCAUCUGUUGGAUCGGGUGUGUGCGUGCAUUUGCAGAGUCUGUCUGGUUCGGUGCAAGUCUUGGCAUGUUUGCGUCCGAGUGUGCGUAGUUAAGUGCAGUGCAGUCUUCUGGACGAAGUCUUGUGACGCUUGCAACUCUUCUCUCGGGUUCUGCGGCGACCUUCACUUUCUCUCUUGGUAAAACGCCGUCUCUACAAUCUUUCCUAAAAACUAAAUGAACACAGUUGCUCAAAAGUUAUCGGGAAAUGUUCCUUGCUGCCUUGGUGUGUAUCUAGUAGCUGGUAAUAAGUGCUGUCACAAACAGUUGAGGGAUAUCUGUGUAGAGCAGUGAAAUGAGUUAGUAAUAACUAAAUGUGAAGCGUGUGCUGUAUGUUGUAUGAAAGCUGUGUGAGUGUUGAAAUGUGUGCUUCACAUGUAUGCCCGAGCUUCCUUUUUAGUGCAAGUCAUCUGAAGCGUGGGGAGCCGGCUUCCCUGUUAGUGCACUUUUGUUAUGUUUUCGUUGCUUGAUUUCUCGUGGGGAUUCUCAUGUUUUAGCUGCACCCCUUGCAUUGGAACACAGUGUGCCACUUCACCGCCGUAGUGCUACUGCCGUUCUUGUUUAUGUGAUAGUUGAGGUGGGGUUCUCGUCGUGUGGCAGCUCCGGGGCUCAAAGCCAAUGGUUCCUAACGCUGCGUGAAUCCUAACGGCCAGGGGUAUUGUGUUGCCUAUUAUUGGUGUUACAUUGCUUCUCUCUGGAACCUGUAUUUCUAAAUUCUUCACUGCCAUUCAUUUUCAAAAGCAUAUCUUUUCAUUUCGGCAUGUGCAAGUACACUUGAAACUGAGUGGCCAUUGUCACGUGCGCAAACGUGCUGUUUACAUAAGCUGUCGUGUGUACGAACAUGUGCAGUUUACAUAAGCUGCUGUGUGAAUUGUUCUGCUGUUUCAGAACGUGGCCGACAUCCAUCAUAAGAUAGAAAUCCGACAUUCCACAAAAGUCCUUGCCACUUUUGGGUAAAAUAGUGCAUUGCUCUUUGCCCAGAAUUAACUAAGCUUUUUUUUUCCCCCCAGCAUCAUGCAUUGCAAAAAAAGAAAGCUUACGUGCUGAACGUUGAACAUACUUUGCAUAGUCUAUGUUUAGGAAUUUUGAACGUAUGAGAACGGCGGCCUAAUCAAAGCGGUUAAGCUUUUCUUGGCAAAGGUUGUGUGGUUUCCCCAAGUGGAAUGUCAACGAACCUGUUAAGCUGCAACUGCGUAAAACGUGGAUGUGAUGUAUUUUCAGAAUGGUGUUGCCCAUUGUCAAUGCACACGUUUUUGCAUUACGUGACAACCGCACUGUUAUGAACUGAAAUGAAGACUGAUAAGUGCCCUGCACCAAGGACACGAAUAAAGCAGAAAAAAUGCUCUGGUGAUUGCAUGUGCGACCUGACAUUUCAUGCAUGACUUGAUGUCAUGCAUGAAAGCUCCGUAUCCACUACGUGUCUGGGGGUAUCUAAAAACGUUGAAUAUAUUUCAGCUGGACUUACCGUGCGGAAACUGUGUGAUGCAAAACGGGUGCAUGAACAGCUGGUAGCACUAUGAGCCGAAAAUAUGUCUGGGAAAUGCAUUCUAUCGAGUUGGAUGCUUUGAAGGCUGCGUCAAGGUCACCCAGAGGUCAUGCAUUGUUUGAGCAUUGUGAUGUGUCGUGAAUUCUGCGUGUUCUUUAUAGUUUGUGCCUCAGUCAGAAUGCAAGCGUCUUGUGGGAUGCAGAGGGUGCUUUCAUUUUUCUGUUCUGUUGCCUAGCUUCUCUGGACGCCCGAGCAUGUGGUGGCUUCUGGACGUCUUAGCUCGAAGCGUGAUUGCUAGUGCUCAGAUUUUGUUCAGAGAGCAGCUUGCAGUUUGGCAAGAGUGGCAGCACCUGCGAGUGAUUGGCGUAAUAGAGUAAUUUAUGUUGCGUGCAUGCAAAACUGUUUUCUUGUCAGUUGUUUGAAAGGAGUGAAUGUAUGGGUGACAUGCACAGAAAAAUAAAUAAAAAAGAACAGACUUAUACUUUCAGAUGGA